CCACCCCCACCCACUCUUUACAAUCCGGUGGCCUGUCGUCGGGUUUUUAGGAUUCCCGAGAGUAACUCGCGCACGCAGUGCUCGUCCCCGUCGCGAAUGGAGGUGUUUCUGCCGCCCCUCCUCCCCCUUUUGCCCCCCUUUCGCCACCGUACCGGUCGGCUUUGAAUCAAUAAUCUCCGGCCAAGAUUAUAUGUAGGCUCCCCCGCGAUAUCUUGUAUAUUCGAGGACGAUAAGAAAAAUGUAUCAAAAGGGUUUUGGGACAACGGAUAAGGGAUUGUGCGCUAGGUUCCAGGAAAUUGAUUUUCCUUCCUGCAUCGAUGUUCUCUCCCUGUCUCUCUCUCGCUCUCUCGUUCGCUCGCUCGCUCGCUCGCUCUUAUUCUCUUCUGGGUUUAGCAACGGUGCGCGCGAUAUCAGUGCGCGGAUUAUUGAUUUCCCCGUUCUCUCCGGCUUGCUUAUGUUAUUUUCGUGAAAAAGGUAGAGCGCAAUGAUCGCUGAUCGUAAUACCGGGUGAAAUCAUCUGCCCGCGCCGGAAGAGAGACAGGGAGGGCAAGAAGUCGUUUUCCCGCGGUGAACGUAACGACCCAAUUAAUCUGUAUUCUGCAUCGGUCAUUUCGGCGUCCUUCCAUUUUAUGUCGUUAUAGUAUAAUUUCACUCCGAUCUGUAUAUAAAUCCUCGUCCCAGUGUUUCCGCGGGAUUUAAGUAUUUAUGUUUUGCUUAACAUCUCGACAUUCCAAUAUACAUUCCGAGUGAUAUAUUUAUAUAUAUCUCCUCUCUCUCUCUCUUUCUCCAGUAGCACUAUAAAUAUAUUUAUUUAUACAAUAAUACGAAGGAUACAUAAAAUGUGAUAAUUAUUCAUACUGUGCAAUAUAAAACUGAUAUGGCAGAAUCACCCGAGAUGGAAUCGACUUCGGCCCGUCAGGACUGUUUCGUUGAGGCCCAAGAGGAUUCCACCUCAGUGGAGGCCGAGGCGAAGGGCGCACCGUCGCCAGGCGGAACGACAUCAACAACGAUAACGACGGCAGCAACGGACGCCGACGAGGACGACGACGACGACGACUACGCGGCGCGUUCGUCCGUUCUGCGGAACUCGCGCGAGGACUUGGUGAUGGUGUGCGAGAGAUUGGAGGAGAGACCAGAGGACGGAAGACCCGAAGCGAAACAAUCGAGCGAUAAGUCGGAAGAGGAUCAGGCGAGGGAUCAAGAGGAAAAAGAAGAAAAAGAAGCGAACAUGGGUCUAACAAUAGGAAAGAAAGUCAACGUGGACAAGAAGGACGAGAAGGAUGAGAUCGACGCGGAAUCGACGGAAGGUACUCUCCGGGAGCUUGAGGGAUCGCCUAGAACGUCCGAUACUCAAGAUCACGACAUCGAGGAGUCCACGGAGGUACGGAAGAAUGGGCUCGAGAAAGCCGCGCUACCGGACGUUUCCAGAAAGAGAUCGGCCGCGAGUGACUUUCUGCCAAUCGGCGCGGAGAUCAAGAGGAUCGGCAUCGAGAUCCCGGAGGAGCAGGCGACCCAGUUGAGAAACGACGUCAGGAGGCUGUCGCCGGUGUUGGUGAGCCUGCGAGAGAGAACCCUGGGCGAGGUAUCCCUGACCUCGGAGUCCUGCCUCUUCGGAGACGAGCUUGAAGGUAGGAUAACGCCCAGAGGCAACGAUAUCCCGGCGGGAUCGUUCACGGCGAAUGAUCCCCAAAUUCGCGAUAUCGAUCAGAGUCGCGGGGGCCAGGAUGUGGGCGAGUUGCGGGAGGAGGAAACGAUCGGUAGGAUCGACGCGGAUUCUUCGGAGUGCACGAGCAGCGACGCUGUCGAGGAUACGUUAAACCGCGAGGCCAGAAAGAUGGAUUACGACAACGAGGAGGGAAUUACGACGCUCGGCAUCGAUGUGACUUCCUCGACGUUCUCGAGAAGCGACAGUCUGGACCAGACGACGGAGUCGCGUCAAGACGACGUCGUCGGAGACACGAGCGCGGCGACGAAGGUUGGGAACGACUUUUGCACUCCGACGAAAAAUUGCGUCGUCGAAACGAGUUCUGCGUCGAGUCCCGUCUGUCGAAAUUUAACCAUCGUGCUGAACCGUAUUGAGAACGAGGAUUUAAAGAAAAAUGUCCCAAUGAAUACGAGCGGCGACGAGAACAUAUGGAACUACGUCGUCGGGGAGAGUUUGCCUUAUUCCGGCGCAAGGAGGAAUCUCAUCGAGGAGGAGCAUGAGACUGCGUUCGCAGAGACUUCGGAAGCUGAGAAGAAGAGCACCCCGAAGAAGCAACGAUGGCAGAGCAGCUCCUCUCCGAUGACCAGAUCGAAGAAGAGCGAACUGAUGGAGGGUGCUCGCAGUCCGAACAGUGGAUUGAUCCUGAAGAAGUGUCAGGUGGUGCUGGAGCGAAUCGGCGAGGUCGCGGGGCAAUCGUCGCGAUCGCCGGAGAACGAAGCCUCGAGGAUGCACGAGAAGGACGACGAGUCCGCGCCCGUCGCGGUGAUCGGCAAGCUCGAGGAGGACGAGGAGGUGGUGCUGGCGAGCUCGUCGUCCACGGCCGAGGAUAGCCGCGUGUCCAACGAGCUGGACUCAUCGGAGACGAUGCCGAGCUCACCGGAGGAGACGCCGGAAGUGUCGAUGGACGUUGCCGAGGGUGCCGACACCGAGACGGAGACGGAGACUGGCUCCGACAGUUCGGAGGUGUCGCCCAUCACAAGCAUUCGCCACGAGCUGCGCGACGUCGACAUGGCGCCCGAUCAGCUACCCUGCUCCGACGGGGUCGCCCUGUGCUGCGUGGAGGCGAUGGCGCCGAUCAUGACGAGAUUGGAGGCCGAUCGACCAGAAGCGUAUACGGAGGACUCCGCCGAGAGCCUGGCCUUGGCAACCGGCGCCAGGGACGAGGUCAGAUCCGAUGGGAGCGAUUCCGGCUUGGGGAACGAGAUCCCUGGUGAUCCGGGUCCGGCGCCCGCACCGGAAAGCGAUUCGGAGACCUCCUUCCUUGACAGACUGCCGGACGACAUCCUCUCGGACAAGGAGAAAGGCGUAAAUCAGUUGGACGGGUACGCUGCGUCCUCGGGAACGCCCGGGACGCCGGGCCAGCUGCCCCUGACGAGCUUCCGGACGCUGCCGGCCAAGAGCAAUCUCAAGCGCAGGCUGACCGACUGCAUGGAAGGCGACGAGUCGCGGGUCGACGAACCCCUGAAGAAGAAGCGCAACAUCCAGUUCGACGCCGUGACGGUCUAUUACUUUCCCAGGGCGCAGGGCUUCACCUGCGUACCUUCCCAGGGCGGCAGCACCCUGGGCAUGAGCGCAACGCACACGCACGCGGAGAGGUUCUCGUUGUCGGAGCACGCGGCCGAGCAGAGGCGAAUCCAUCGCGCGCGGCUCGCGCAACUGCGCUCCGAGCGCAAUUGCGCGACCAACUGCGUGACCGAGACGGCGUCGAGCUCGGAGGAUCCGAGUGACGACACCGACGAGGAACCGAGCGAUAACGAGGAGCUCGACAUCGACAGCUACUACUUUCUACAACCGGUGCCCACGUGGCAGCGUCGGGCGCUCCUUAGGGCCGCCGGAGUGCGGAGGAUAGACGCCGUCGAGAAGGACGAGUGCCGUGAUAUCCGCGCCAGCAGGGAACACUGCGGAUGCGGCUGCAAGGGAUACUGCGAUCCCGAGAGCUGUCCUUGUAGUAGGGCCAACGUGAAGUGUCAGGUGGAUCGACCGGGUUUCCCUUGCGGCUGCACGCGGGAUGGUUGCGCGAACAGCACGGGCAGGAUCGAGUUCAACCCAGUACGGGUGCGAACGCAUUUCAUUCACACGCUGAUGCGAUUAGAAUUGGAGAAAAAGCAGCGCGAAGAGGAUGGCGGUGGCGAUCACGACCAGGUGGACAAUCAGAGACAGAACGGCAGGGGUAUUCGUGCGCUGAGGGACAUCGGCUCCCUGGGGAUGGAAGCUACUGUGGGCGGUGACGCGUGCGCGAUCCCGGGUGCGGGACCCGGGGGAGGCGGAUUCACGACCUUACACUACGAAACGAGUCACGAUGGUGUGGGGGCCGGUGUGGUCGGCUGCCAACCGGAGGUACCCGGCACGCGAGAGGACAGUCUGGACUUGUACGCCAUCAGGGACGACUGUUACGCGAGCGAAGACGCGGUAGACAGCAGCCAAUCGGUCGUCGUGCAGCGAAAGCUGCACCCAGAAUUCGGCCAAGCUUUUCAGAGCUUUUCGCCCGGCGUGCAAAGCGGUGCAGCCGGCGGUGGCGGUGGCGACGGCGGUGGUGGCGGUGGCGGGGGCGGCAUGAGCUUCCAACAGUCCUCGUACCAGGACUACGGAUCGCCGUACGCGAGUCUGCCGUCCACGUCGCGGGUCCCGCAGUUCCAGCCGCCGCCGCCGCAGUUUCAGUCGCCGCCCAAUCCGGCCGCCUUCGCGCACUACGGGCCCUACGGCGGGCCCCAGGAUGCCGCGAGUGCCGCUCUUCAGGGCGGCUGCGCAGCUCAGGUACCGGUGCAUCAGAUGCCCCAGCCACCACCGCCGCAGAGCCAGCAGCAGCAACAGCAGCAGCAACCGCAGCACUCGUCCUACGACGCGACGGUGUUCGCGCAAGAUGACGCCGCGAGUACCGCGCAAUACACGAACCUCACCAACUCGGUGCAGCCGAUGAACGCGACGGUGGUGCAGCAGAUGCAGGGCAAGCUCGAGCCCUUCUCGGAGCUGCUCAGCGGCAGGUACUCGUACUACGGUGAGAUGCACGAUCCACAACACGAUCAGCAUCACGGUACUUACGGUACUCACGGCACGGCCGGCAAAGUCACGGAAAUGAUCGAGUCUGGUCAGGUCACUGGCGAGCAACAGCCCGACAGCACGCCCGAGGACUGCGACGAGAAUUUCGGCGAGAUUAUCAAGAAGUCCAUGGUGGAGACCGUGUCUGCCUAGGAUGAAGGAAGCCUACCUCGCGUUGGAAAUGUCCAGGAGGAAUACCGGAGACACUCAAUGCGCGACGAAUACUCGCCGCUGGUCUCCUCAGAAUUGAAAGGCUAAAGUCCUUUCUCGUCCGCGCGACAAACUCGAGAACGAGGAACUCGGUCCUCGACGCUCGACAGUCCGCUUCGUUUUCCUCGAGUCCUUCGUCCAGGAUCGUUUGAACGACGGACUCCGUUGAAUGCGCGGGACACUCGACGCACUUCGUAAAUGAUGUUAGUCGAUUCUUUUUAAAGCCUCGAAGAUCGAAAUCCUUCGGAUCUCUUCCAAUUUCGCGAUAAUCUCGAAAAUGAGGACUUCGAGGACAAUCUAGACGGAUGAGAUUGACAGUUCACUUUAUCGUGUGAACAGGGGCGAAAUACAGUGCCCUCCGAGGGAGAUGAAGCAUCUCCCGGGGUCCACAGUACCGGGUUUUUGAGAGAUCUCGUUCAGAGAUUGUUAGGCAAUUUUACGGCUACGUGUGCGUCCGCCCGGGAUGGAGAGACUCACGACGUCAUCGUCGGCGCGAUUCUUAAUCCUGAGAAUCGACGCGCCAGUCGAGUCACUUCGCUAUACGAACAUUUCCCGAGUUUACAAUCCGCUUACUUUUCGUUGCAAUCGAAGAUCGCUUACUACAACAGUGGACUACGUCGCAUUUUAAAUACCUGCUAUCGCUAAGUAAUCAUUUUUUUACUUAAAGUUAACAAUACCGCUAUUCGAGCUUUACGCACGGGUGGAAUUUCAAAACCCAUUCAGCAUAAAAUGUGGAAUAAGAUCUUCGGGGUUCGAAUCCGAGACCUCACUACAAAGAUGCAAUCCCUACUAAAUAUGAGACUAAAGCUCAGCGCACAAUGCAACGGGGAAUAAGGAACAGUUCAAUGUGUUGAGUAGGGAACGCUUUAUAUGUUUUCCUUAUUUAAUAUAUUUAUCCUGUUUCUUACUGCCUUUGCUCUUCAUUGUGCAUUAGGCUUAACCGUUUUUGCAUGGAGCCAUUUACCAUUUUCCUGAUAUCGCUGGGUAUUGAAAUAUCCUACGAACCAAUCUAUUUUUUAAAUGUGCUUUAGAGUUCAUUUUCUUCACUUUCUUUUACAACAUUGUGUGAUUUAGCUCACUGUUGCAACCAACCCUUCAAGAAUUGAUUGUCGUUUGCAAUGAAAGUGCGGACAAGUGCUGGAAGAUCGUAAAGUUGAGUGGCUCCGGCGCAGAUUGACGACGAUGUACGUUGUGCGAGACAACGACGACGACCUGGAGCCUGAAAGGUCUCGUAAAAGAGAGACCUUCGAGCUCCGGGAUUCCCGUUGGUAAUUUUCAAGAGCGAUCCGUGAAAGCAGUGGUGGGAAAAGAUUUCAACGAGGUUGUGACCAAGAAAUAACACAUGGGAUCAGCUUAUAGAUUGCAGUUUAUAAUAUCUAACUUUAAGCGUAAGGGCGACCGACCAGGAGCGGGUCGCGUGUCCUUUUAGGCGAACCUUGAGUCAGGGACUGCGUACGCGGAUAAUCGGUAUCGAUCUAGAGCGAAUCUGCGCUCGCUCUAAUUCGAGAGAAUCGUUCUGGAAUGCACACAAACACACACGAACAUGCUCGCGCGCGCGCGCGCAUUCACACACACACACACACACACACACACACACACACACACACACACACACACA